GCGACGCAGAAGCUCGCGCGCGCGACCGAGAGCAGAGCAAAGUAGCGCCCCGCAAGCAAACCGACGGACCGAACGGCCAGAUCGCCGCAGCCGCCGCCGCCGCUCCGCAGGCAGUUGACCCACGUGUGCCGUGUGGUGUGCCGCCUAAUAGACAGACCUCUCAGUCCAUGUGCUUCGAUAGUGCCGCCGCCGCCGAGUGCACAUCAUCGUUUUCCAAUUAACUCGCGCGGAUUGUUUGUUUGUUUGUUUUUUUGUGACUGAUCCAUAUCGAAAUCCGCCAUGUGGUUGAGGACACCAGUGCUGCUCACCCUGCUGGCCCUAGUGACCGUGGCCGAGCUGGCUAAGAAGGGUGGCAGGGACAGAAGAGGACACGGCAGCAAGUGGUGGGGAGUUGCGAAAGCCGGCGAGCCGAACAAUCUGAUCCCCAACGUCCCUGGAAUGUCCAAGUACGACCCUUCCGUGCACUUCCACUCGACGCUGCGACGGAAGCAGUUGCGUCUGGUGCGCGAAAACCCCGGCGUCCUAGUGGCCGUGUCCAAGGGGGCCAACAUGGCCAUCAACGAGUGCCAGUACCAGUUCAACAACCGGCGCUGGAAUUGCUCCACGAAAAACUUCCUCAGGGGCAAGAAUCUCUUUGGCAAAAUUGUGGAUCGAGCGUGUCGAGAGACGGCGUUCAUUUAUGCGAUUACGAGUGCAGCUGUAACGCACGCCGUUAGCAGAGCAUGCAGCGAGGGCUCCAUUGAAUCUUGCACUUGCGAUUACAGUCACCCAAGGGCGGUGCAGGCCCUCGGAUCACUCACCACAAACGGCGCUGCCAACGGAGUUACUCACGGACGAGAUUGGGAAUGGGGCGGCUGUUCCGACAACCUUGCAUUUGGCUACAAGUUCUCCAGAGAAUUCGUAGACACCGGAGAGCGAGGAAGAACGCAGCGUGAGAAAAUGAAUUUGCACAACAACGAAGCGGGUCGAGCGACGGUAUCUUCGGAGAUGCGUCGCGAGUGCAAGUGCCACGGCAUGAGCGGGUCUUGCGCCGUCAAGACCUGCUGGAUGCGACUGCCCCCGUUCCGAGUGGUUGGCGACAAACUCAAGGAUCGCUUCGACGGCGCUUCGAAGGUCAUGGUCAGCAACGCCGGCAGCCUGAGGAGCAACCUGGCCCCGCUGAGCAACAGUGCCUCGAGCGGCGCCAACUUGAACAACCCUUCGCCGCGCGGACGCAACAGCCGGACGCACCACCGCUCCAACUACCGCGGCUCGCACUCUCUGCUCAACACGGCCACCGGGGGGCAGGUCGGGGGCAAGAGUGGCAAGUACAACUUCCAGCUGAAGCCGGUCAACCCGGACCACAAAACGCCGGGGGCCACCGACCUCGUCUACUUCGAGCCGUCGCCCAGUUUCUGCGACCGCAACCCCAAGUUGGGCAUCGCCGGGACCAAGGGGCGGCGGUGCAACGAAACGUCCAUCGGCCUCGACGGCUGCGAACUCAUGUGCUGCGGCCGAGGGUACGUGACGCAGGAGAUCACCGUGCGCGAGAGGUGCGAGUGCAUCUUCCGGUGGUGCUGCGAGGUCGAGUGCAAAACGUGUCACAGGACAAAGAUCGUGCACACGUGCAAGUAGUGGCAAUUGAAUAAAAAAAAAAAAUGCCCAAAAGUCAGGACUGAAAGAAGGAAGUGUGUUUCUAUUUAUUUGCCGCGAGAGGGCUCUUAACUGUGACGGCAGCGCUGCCACGAAACUGAGAAAAGAGGCUGAAAAUGUGGAUAGGGUUUAGGACUUAAAUAAUUAUAUACUUAAUUGUAUUAUCUCUUGAUUGCCUGAAUUCGAAAAGGUCACAACUUUUAGACGGUCUUGAUUAAUUUUAUUUGUAAAUAAAAAUCCGAUACGCUUGCCCUCGAGUUCAAGUUUUGUACACUUGCGCGAGUAUGUGUGUUUCAAUUGAGGUUUCAGGCGCCGUCACAGCCGUAAGAGCUCAUUUUAUAUAUAAAUUAUUUACUAUGUGUAUGAAUUCGUCGCAGGAAAGUACAUUUAUAGUCUGUAUAUUGUAACAUUUUUAACGUUAGAGAACCGCUUUAUAUUUUUAGCUAUUUAUGUUUCUCCUCUCUAUAUUAUUAUUAUUAUUAUUAUUAUUAUAAAAUUCGCUUUUGCUAGCAAGAGCUCCACUGUGUUGAGUUGUUCGCAUUUUUAUCAUCUCGACGAUUUCCUGAUUUCCGCAGAUAUUUUUUAAUUAUGUGUUUUUCCACAAAAAUGCAUUUUCUCGUUUUUCCGCACUUAUACACUGUACUUUGUGUACUUAUAAGUUCAACUAUACAUAAACGCAGUAACAAUUAAAUAAGUACUUUUCCUAUUAAGGUUGUCUACUUGAAAAUUGCUGAAUUGUGUGCUUCUCGGCGGUUAGUGAAAAAUUAACUCAAUAAAGAUGAAUGUAAUAAUUAUUUGUAUUAAGGACACACUUAGUUACUUAACAGAUUCUAUAAUCUAUAACUGAAGACUGACACGUUUUGCUUCCUUGAUAAGUAUGUAUUUUCAAUCUAAAAUUGUAAGGUUGGAUAAUAUAAUGAAUGAAAAAAAAGGAACAUCGAUUGUCGAAAGAAAACAAAACAAAAAAAGAUGAGAGAGAGAGAGCAUUAGCUACGCGACACCUGUGCAUAACUUUGUACAAAAAUCCGAUGUAGCUUUUGUUAAAAAUAAAUACCAAAUCUUCAAAGCAUAAGUCAAGGUCUGUGAUUUCUCCUUUCCCAUACGAAAAAGCAGUAAUAAAUUCAACCGACUC